AUGAAUCUCAUCCCAACAUGUCACCGUCGCUCGCCGGUAUAUCUCCCGGAAGAACUUAUUGCCGAAGUGCUUUCGAUUCUUCCCGUCAAAUCACUCCUGCAACUGAGAUGUGUCAGUAAGUCAUGGAAGUCACUCAUCUCCAAUCCCAUCUUUGUCAAACAACACCUUAAUCGAUCUACACGGAAUGCCAACCUCACACUUGUCUCUUCUUUCUUGAAUGAGGGUGUGGCAGCUUUUUGUUUGUUGGAGAAACCUCCAAUCACUGUCAAUCUUUCCUAUGAUCCUUAUCAUCAAUUGAAAGAUAAGGAUCACACGUUUGUAAUUGGUUCCUGCAAUGGAUUGAUAUGUUUCUUAGGUCUUUCUUUCUUCAAUGAGCAUACAGAGAUGCGUCUUCGUGUUUGGAAUCCCGCCACCCGGGCAAUAUCAGAAAAAUUAGGGUUUUCCAGCUAUGACAACGCAAGUCAUCCUCCUACUUUGAUAUUUGGUUAUGAUGAUUCAACCGGCACUUAUAAGGUGGCCUAUUUCAUAUCUCAUACAACACAGGUAAGAGUUUUUAGUUUGGGCCAUAAUGUUUGGAGAAAUAUUCAAAAUUCUCCUCUGGAUCAUGAUUGCAUAAUGAACGUUGUGCAAUUGAGUGGUAGCUUCAUUUGGUUGGCAAAUCAUAAUUAUAUCGGUAAAAAAAUUGUGAUUGUUUCUCUUAAUUUAGGCACCGAAAUACACACUCAAUUGUUGCCUCCUCCGAGUUUUGAUGAUGAGCCAAUUAUUAAUCCAAAUCUAAGUGUGUUAAAGGAUUGUCUUUGUUUUUCUCAUGAUUUCAAUCAAACUCAUUUUGUUAUAUGGCAAAUGAAGGAAUUUGGAGUGGAAGACUCUUGGACUCAAUUCCUUAAAAUUAGUUAUCGUAAUAAUCUUCAAAUAGAUUGUCCAUUUAAUGAAUUCCGCCAUAAUUUGUUGCCACUAUGCCUUUUGGAGAAGAAUGAUACACUGUUAUUGACAGACGCAUAUCAACGUCAUAUAAUUCUCUAUAAUUGGAGGGAUAAUAGAGUUAAAAGAAUCAAUCAAUCUUGGCCGUUCCAUAAUUAUGUUGAAAGUUUGGUUUGGUAUUGUUGA